AUGCGCCGCGGGCAGCCGAUCACCUUCUCCGUGUACUUCAACAAAGCGGCGUUCCAGACGGACCGGCGCUUCCCUGGACUGACCGUCUUGGGGGCAGCAGAGCCGGAGCCCGCCCUCGACAAAGGGAAAGCUCCUUCCGAGUCCCACUACACCCGGGCCGUCUUCGCCGUCUCCGGCGCCCUGGUCGCAGGCAGCUGGAGCGCUGUGGAAGUCUCCCGGGAGGCCAACUGCGUCAACUUCUCCAUCCUCAGCCCCCCGACGGCUCCCAUCGGGCGCUACAAGCUCAGCCUGCGGGUGGCCUGCGGGGACAAGGCGUACGCCUACCUCCUGGGAGAGUUCAUCCUGCUCUUCAACCCUUGGUGCUCAGGGGAUCCUGUCCACAUGGCCAAUGAGGCGGAAAGACAGGAGUACGUUCUGAACGAAAACGGAAUGAUGUUUGCGGGGAAUGCCAACUACAUCGAGGCGCGAGGGUGGUACCUUGGCCAGUUCCAACAGGGCAUCCUCAACCUCUGCCUUGUGCUUCUGGACCUGAGCCUCUACCAUCGCCAGGACCCGACCGGAGACGCGUCCCGCAGAAGUGACCCCAGAUACGUGGGCAGAGUGAUCAGCUCGAUGGUCAAUGGCAAUGACAACGACAACGGGGUGCUGGAGGGCAAGUGGAGCGAGUCCUUUGCUCACCACGAGAACCCUUCCAGGUGGAACGGGAGCACGGACAUCCUCAGGAUAUGGGCCCAGGGCAACUACCGGCCGGUCCAGUAUGGCCAGUGCUGGGUCUUUGCCGGAGUGGCAGGCACAGUGCUGAGGUGCCUGGGGAUCCCGACUCGCUUGGUGACCAACUUCAAUUCGGCCCAUGACGCCGACCACAACCUGAGCAUCGACAAGUACUACGAUCCCUCUGGGAAAAGCCUCAAGAUGGGGCAGGAUUCUGUCUGGGAUUACCAUGUCUGGAACGAAUGCUGGUUUGUCCGGAGGGACCUGGGGACAGGCUACAGCGGGUGGCAGGUGAUUGAUUCGACCCCACAGGAGCGGAGCCAAGGGAUCUACCAAUGUGGGCCAGCCUCGGUCGUGGCCAUCAAGCAAGGAGACGUCAGGAUGAACUACGACAGCGGCUUCAUCUAUUCGGAGGUGAAUGCCGACAUCUGCCGCUGGGUCUGCUACAGCAACGGGAAACGGGAGAGGGUUUAUUGCGACACCGCCUCCAUUGGCAGGAACAUCAGCACCAAAGCCGUGGGCAGCAACCACCGCGUGGACAUCACCAACAACUACAAGUUCCCUGAAGGCUCUGCUGAGGAACGAAACGUCUACAGGAAAGCCUGUGCUGAGAUGUCCGGAUCUCGUGGUGCCCCAAGACGUGCAAGCACUCUGGAUGCGGCCGCAUCGGAUCUGGUGACUCAUCCAGAACUCUUUGGGAAGUUCAAGCUGGUCCAGCCGCCGGUGUUUGGCAAAGAUGUUCACCUGAUCCUCUCUCUGGCCAACCUGGCCACAGCACCAAAGACGGUCACGGUGAACCUCAGCGUGUCAACCGUCUUGUACACACGCAGGGCUGUCCAGGAGAUCCUGAAGGAAUCCACCACCGUCCAGCUGGGAUCCAAAGAAGAGAAGGAGAUUCCUCUUCGGAUCACUUACGGCCACUACAAAGCAUCCUUGACAGACGAGAAGAAGCUCCUGGUCACGGCCUUGUGUGACGUCCAGGCGGGAGAAAAGCUGCUGGUGGAGAAGGCCCUCACCCUGCAGAGCCCCAGCAUCACCAUCACGCUCCCCCCGAAUCUUGUGGCCAACCGACUGGCCACGGCGGAGAUCUCGUACGCCAACCCGCUCCCGGAGCCCGUGGACGACUGUGCGCUCUUGGUGACGCUGAUGGGCCAAGGUGUCAAAAUCAACGUGGCUGGACUGGCGCCUGGGGAGCAGUCCAAGAUCUACUUUGAGUUCACUCCGUGCAGCGCUGGCACCAUGCAGCUCCACGUGGACUUCUCCUGCAACAAGUUCCAGCACGUGAAGAGUUUUGUGGUGAUGAACGUGGCCCCGGAGUCCGACGCCCCUUGAUCCCGCCUGGUCCAGUCCUGCCCGGCCCGGCCCCCCCAUUAAACGUGUUCC